GAAUAGAGUAGAAAUUCUUGCAUAUACCCUCCUUCUCUGAAAGCUUUAUAACCGGGUUUGACGGAAAAUUUGUAGUGAGGACUCGGACAUCAAGAAGCUGGAAACAUGAAGGUAGCAGUGGCAAUAUUUGCAGUUUUUGCAUCGAUAGCUGUCAAAAUUGACGCUACGGUGUACUUCAAGGAACAGUUUCUAGACGGAGAUGCGUGGAAGAGCCGGUGGGUUGUAUCAAAGCACAAGUCUGACUAUGGCCAGUGGAAGCUUACUGCUGGGAAAUUCUACGGAGAUGCUGAGAAAGACAAAGGGCUUCAGACCAGCCAAGACGCCCGGUUCUAUGCCCUGUCCUCUCGGUUCGACCCCUUCAGCAACGAGGGCAAGCCCCUGGUGAUCCAGUUCUCCGUCAAGCACGAGCAGAAGAUCGACUGCGGAGGCGGAUACGUCAAGGUCUUCCCCUCAGACCAGGACCAGACCGACAUGCACGGGGACUCCAAGUAUUACCUCAUGUUUGGGCCUGACAUCUGUGGCUACAGCACCAAGAAAGUUCACGUCAUCUUCAACUACAAGGGACAAAACCACCUCAUCAAGAAGGACAUCAAAUGCAAGGACGACGAGAUGACCCACCUGUACACGCUGAUCCUGAACCCAGACCAGACGUACGAGGUGAAGAUCAACAACGAGAAGGUGGAGUCUGGCUCUCUGGAGGAGGACUGGGACAUGCUGCCCCCCAAGAAGAUCAAGGACCCCGAGGCCAAGAAGCCCGCCGACUGGGACGACCGCGCCCAGGUCGACGACCCCACCGACGCCAAACCCGAGGACUGGGAGAAGCCAGAGACCAUCCCCGACCCGGACGCCAAGAAGCCUGAAGACUGGGACGUGGACAUGGACGGAGAGUGGGAGCCCCCCAUGAUCAGCAACCCCGAGUACAAGGGAGAGUGGAGGCCAAAGCAGGUUGACAACCCUGAUUACAAAGGAGCCUGGGUUCACCCCGAGAUCGACAACCCGGAAUACUCCGACGACGACACCAUCUACAAGUUUGACUCCAUCGGGGUGCUGGGGCUGGACCUGUGGCAGGUGAAAUCCGGUACCAUAUUUGACAACUUCCUGAUCACAGAUGAUGUCAAAGAGGCUGAAGAUUUUGGAAAUGAGACCUGGGGGGCCACCAAGGGACCAGAAAAGAAAAUGAAGGAACAGCAGGAGGAGGAGGAUAGGAAACAGAGGGAAGAGGAGGAGAAGGGCAAGAAGGACAAAGCCGGCGAGGAGGAGGAGGAAGACGAGGAGGAGGAGGAAGACCACGAGGUGGAGAUGGAGGAGGAAGAAGGCCAGACGGAGGAAGAGGAAGACAACGUGAUCAAACCCAAGACCGAGCUGUAAAACAGAUUGGACGAGUCUUUUCUCUUUCCACUUCUCUCCGGAGAGCCUGCUGAGUGGAACCCUAUGGACAUGGCCAAAGUGGCCGCCUAUUUCAGGUGUAGGGGUGGGGACAGGGAUGGGGUGGUGGGGCAGGUAAUGUCUGCUUUUUAAAAAAAAUGAUUACUUUUGUGGGUUUUUUAAGAGUUGAGGUCAGAACUGGGUUUAUGUUUACCCCCCCCCCCUUCCCACCUUCUAGGAUUAAUUGUUAUCUUUUCAGAAUUUGGUCUGUGUCCUACAGCGUCUUUCUGCUGCUGGCUCUCCUUAUCAUCCACAGCCGUUAGUUCACACAAACACCUUUUUUGUUGAAACGUGCAGGAUUAAUCUCACCCUUUACGGAUGUUGGAAAUCUCACCCGAUUGUCCGUUUGGGUGUCAAGUCAAGAGCGUACUUUGGCGUUUCUUUGCACUCUUUGUCUGUAAAUGAUUUCUUUUUUUUAUCGUUAUAUGCAGUUCUGGACUGUCCUCACCAAUUCCUUUUUAAUUUAUUUGCCCAUUACAAUCAUCCUCUGAUUAUGCCUACUUCCCCUGCUCCCCUUUCUCUUUGCUAUAGUUGUGUGACGGACUAAAGAGAUGACUGUAUCAGACUAAGGAUAUAAACUGUGACUCACAGUCUUCGCUGCACACAUGCAUCUGUCCCCAUGGCACACUGUUUGAGUUUCUCUGAAUAAAUGAAGCUUUUCUUUCAA